UUAUAAAAUUAGGAUAGCAUAGAAAAGAAAUUUAUUUUCGAUGUUCUUCAAACACCAAGAAAUAUUUUAUAUGAUUCACAUGGGAAACCCAAUCCCAAUCACCAGAUCUAAAGCUCUUUCUCUUCAAUUCACAAUCAAAACCUUCAGUUCACCACCUUCAAGCUCAAUUAAACCUCUCAAAAUCCCACCUUUUAGUUACCUUCACCGAGAAUGAAGAAACCAGUGAAGUUUCAAUUAGGGUUCCGAUUCCUAGGGUUUUAAUUGACCCUGAAUCUCCAGUAAAUGCUAAAGCUUCUGAUGACCAUAUUGAAGUUAAGCUUGUUUUGCUUCUUCCUGUUGAUCACCCUUUAGUUUCUACCUUUGAUUUGUUGAAUUUGAGUGAUGAUGAAAGUGAGAGGAACGAGGAUUUGGAUUUGUUAAACCCAUUCAUUAUGGAUUCUGGUAAUUUACAAUAAUUUUUUUUUGGAGUUGUUUGGGUUAAUAAGUAUUCUGCUGGCUUUGAUUUAAAAGUUCAGUUAAAGUUAUAAUUUUCAUUGAAGAGAACAGGUGAAAGGUUUUAACUUAUAAUUAUUGAUUUUGGCUUAAUGUGAUUGUCUGUGUUAUGAUUUAGAGCUGUGCAUUAGUCGUGCUGGACUUGGUUUUUUAUUCUGAUGUGUUUUAAUUGUUUGGUUCAGAUUUAAAGAGCUUAUCCUCAAUGGAAGGAGUUCAUUUUUAUUGCAGAAGUUGCUCGAAUAGACUGACUAGAAGUCCUUUAAAGCAAUUUGUGGAAAUGCCAUCGGUUAAUUGGCCAGAGAUGGCUGACAACUGGUUUGGAGGUUGCUGUUGUUCAUUUGGAGGUGCCAGUGAGAAGUUGGUGAAUAGGUAUGCACAUGCAUAUGCAUGUCCAAUGGGUGUGUGCAUGUUGAAUUCUACAGCUGUUACACUUUGCAGUGCUGAUCUUGCUGGAUGUAAAUUUUCUGAAAAAUAUAGAAUCCAAACGUACAAGCCUGAACAGGAGUCUGGCUAUGAAGGUUUAAGUGAAGAAGCUAUGCGAGAUUUUGUAACAGAAUCUGGAAGAGUUACAAGGUGUGACAGUCAAUGUGGAGUGAUCCAUGGUGUUAAUGGAAAAUCAGGGUCUUCAUGUUCCAAAUUGGAAAACCAUGGUGAGAAUGUCAAAUUUAAAGUUGCAGAGGAAAAAACUAAUAGUAGUAUAUUAUUGUCUGCACUACCAGCAUCAGAUCUCUCUGAAAAAGUGGCUCCAGGACCAGGUUGAUGUGAUUCAGUACAUCAUACUCAAGAUUAUACUGAUGAAGGUGGCAUCCAUGAUGUGUGUGGACCUUCUUUGGAAGACCAGAAAACCACAAAAGAUAUGGAACUCAGGAUAAAUCAGAGAUCUUUCCUCAAUGGCUUUCUUGGGGAUGCUUUCACUGCUAGAUCCUAUAAUCUAUCUACCGAUAUUGAAUGGAAGCAAUUUGUUUGCUCACAGUGCUCAUCUCUUAUUGGUGCUUAUCCAUGUGCAAAUGGGGACAUGCCUGUAGAUGAUGGAGUUAGACUUUUUAAAUGCUACAUUUCCACUUCUCUGCCAGUUGGUGGACCAGCUGACCUUUUCAGGAAAUAUACUCCGGAGAGAAUGUUCACAAGUCAGCUAGUGGAAAGUGCAAAAGAUGAAUUAUCAUUCAGGACUGUGGUCAGGGAUUUGAGAACAAAAUCUCCCAUGCUUCAGAUUGUCCUUGUAAAUCCAAAUUCAUGGUGCUGUAGUGGUGAUUGUUUGGACACAAAGAGCAAUACAGAUUCAGUUUUGAAGUUAGAUCUACACCCUGUUAUCAAGGUUCUGUUUUCAGAUUGUAGCAGCAAUACAGAAUCUCAACUGAGGGUGUUGGAAGAUUGGGUGACAAAAAAUUAAGCAGAUGAAGUUUUCAUGUUGGCGCAUCUAAUAAAAGAGUUAAUUGAAACCAUAGCAUCUGCUGAAGUUGAAUUUCCGCCAUCAUGCACUUUCCUUCAGGGUUUAUCCUUUUCGUCCAUGCCAAGGUAAUAUGAUCUCAUUUUUGGAAGCUAGGAGUUAGGAAUUCAAGCGAAUUCAACUGGAAAAUUAGAAUGCAAUCUGUAUUUAAAAUGGCAGGCAGGAAAUGGUUCUGCUUGAUUCAAGAAGAAAAUCAUUUCAUCUUCCGUGUCAUUAUCCUCCUCUGCUGAUUCUUCCUCCAUAUUCAGAAACUCGAUGAGACUUUCAAUAGCACCUUGCGUUUUGUUACGUUUCUUAAGUUGCUGUGAUACUCUGCUGGGGUAACUGAUAUCCUCUGAAUUAGAUCUUCAAUGCACUUGAAAAAUCCAUGGUCUUCAAUUCCUAGAUAUGUCAAUGCAAGCAAUGCUGGGUCUAGUCUCUCUCUGUAGUUGGUUGUGAAGAUGUUGAUUCUUUCUUCCCCAAAGCUUGACAACAUGUCAUCGAUGCAGUUCAACAAGCCUCAUGGUGUUACCUACGGUGUUUCAGGGAAUUUUUUUUUUUGUUUUUAAAAAAGAGAAGAUGUAAAUGAUUCAAAAUUCGGAUGAUGGAUGUAUAAAAACUACAGAAGUAGUAAUGGUUAUCAAGUUAUUCAUA